AUGUCCGGCAAAUUCGAACCCAAAACCCCCGUCCAGCUCAACCCCCCAAAGGACGACCCAAUCUCUCUCUCGGAGCUGGCCAAAGCAAACGGUGAACAAGCAGACGGGAAAUGCUACGUCGCCAUCAAGGGCCUCGUCUACGACGUGACGGGCAACAAGGCCUACCUCCCCGGCGGCGCCUACCACGUCUUUGCCGGAAAGGACGCCUCCAAGGCCCUGGGCAAGACCUCGACAAAGGUCGAGGAUGUGGAUGCCGACUGGUCUGGGCUGACGGAGAAGGAGAAGGGGACGUUGAAUGAUUGGGUUACGUUUUUUAGUAAGAGGUAUAAUGUUGUGGGAAGGGUGGAGGGGGCUACGAAUUUUGAGUAG